UCUGAAUUCCUCCUAGUCAGGAAUUUGGGGAGUGGUCACUACUGAAGCAAAACCAAAUUUCUUGAAAAAAGAAAUGGAGUUCUCCAGGAUUUUUAUGAUUAGUUGUUAUGUAUUGCUCUUGUGCUCCUCCUUGACAUAUGGUCAAGCUGCUAGUCCUCCGGCUCCUGCUGCAAUAAGCCCUACUCCAACACCAGCACCGGCACCUGCACCAGAAUAUGUAAACCUCGGUUAUUUACUCUCGGUGGCUGGUCCAUUUCACACUUUCCUUGACUACCUUGAAUCCACUAAAGUCCUUGACACCUUCCAAAACCAAGCCAACAACACUGAACAAGGCGUUACAAUUUUCGUACCAAAAGACAAUGCCUUCAAGGCUCUUAAAAAGCCUUCUUUAUCCAAUCUCAGCAAAGACCAGGUUAAAUCAAUCAUCCUUUUCCAUGCCUUGCCCAAAUACUAUGCUCUUGCAGACUUCAAUGACCUCAGUGCAAAAGGCCCCGUUAGUACACUUGCUGGUAGCCAAUACACUUUGAAUUUCACAGAUGAUUCUGGCACCGUGCACCUUGAUUCAGGAUGGAGCAAAACAAAAGUCACCAGCGCUGUACUCUCAACUGCUCCUGUUGCAAUAUAUCAAGUCGAUGAGGUCCUUCUUCCGGAGGCAAUCUUUGGCACUGACAUACCUCCAACUCCUGCUCCGGCUCCGGCUUCUCAUAUUAUCCCAGCUGCAGAUACGCCAUCAGCAGAAUCCAAAGAAAGUGGUUCUUCACCCAAGUCUUCGCCUUCAAAUUCAUCAUCUCAUAGGAUUAUGAACUUUGGCAUUUGGAGUCAAAAGGUUUUGGCAGUCUUAGGUGGGAUGGCCCUGUUCUUCUAAUAUUGGACUUCACUUGGUCUAAUUCAUGUUCAGGGGAGGGGCAUAUCUGGGAUUCUCAAUCUACUUUAAUUUUUAAAACUUUUUUUUUUUACAUUUAUAUGUUACUAGGGUUAUGUGUUAAAGAGUGUGAGUUCUUUGUGUUACAGUUACUAUUUCAAUUUGAAUGGCCUUGUGCCUGAAUCUCUGUUUUUC